AUGUCAUUCGACCGCCUCUCAUCAUUAGAAGCGCAGCCAACCAGACCAGGCGACUCACAAUACCAAGAUGACCCCGAUUUCCAACGAUUGACAGAGUCGCUGUCUAAUCGCUUGUUUACGUUGACAUCUAAUAUCUCGCGCCUAUCGAACCAGAUCUCCUUGUUAGGCACUAAACGUGAUACGGAGCGGGUCCGUGAACGGGUCCAUGAUCUGCUAGAAGAGACCCGGGAAGGUUUCCGGGAAGUCGGCGAAGGUAUCAAGAAGAUUCAACUAUGGGAUGAUGUCAAUCCCUCCCAAAAAUGGACGCAGCAAAAGCUUUCUUCCGAAUUUCGAUCCACCCUAGAAGAAUUCCAAAUCGCCCAGCGCCGUGCCCUCGAGAAGCAAAGAGCGUCCGCAACUGCUGCACGUACUGCCCUUCAAGAGGAAGAGGGUGUCAUAGCAACCUCGCCGCAGGAAGGCCAGACCCUCCAACAACUGCAGGAGCAGCAACCCCGCAUCGCACCACAAGCUGAAGUUGACUUCCAAGAGACCCUUAUUAUAGAACGCGAAGCGGAGAUUCGGAAUAUUGAACAGAGUGUUAGCGAACUAAAUGAGCUUUUCCGAGAUGUUGCGCAUAUAGUCCAUGAGCAAGGGGGACAGCUGGAUCUGAUAAGUGAAAAUGUGGAACGGACGAGAAAUGAUGCUAGGGUUGCGGAUUCCGAGCUCAGAAGUGCCAGUAGAUAUCAGAAGAACGCGCGCAACAAGGCUUGUUGCCUGCUGUUGAUUUUGGCUGUGGUCCUGGUCAUUAUCGUCCUUGCUGCUACGUUGGCUUGA